CGGUCGUUCGAUCCACACUUUCCGGCAUCAUGGCGUCUCAAUAUUACCAAGAGAUGCAAGAAAUCUUCAGAAAUUACAGCAAAAGCCGCGAGUUUCCUGCUCACACAGCAAAGGUGCAUUCAGUCGCAUGGAGUUGCGACGGGAAGAGACUGGCGUCAGGUUCCUUCGAUAAAACCGCCAGCGUAUUUGUAUUGGAAAAAGACCGGCUGGUCAAAGAAGAUACAUACCGUGGCCAUGGAGAUAGUGUGGAUCAGCUGUGUUGGCAUCCAAGCAACCCAGACCUCUUUGUUACAGCAUCUGGAGACAAGACAAUUCGCAUCUGGGAUGUUCGGACUAUAAAAUGUGUAACAGCAAUUAAUACUAAAGGUGAGAAUAUUAAUAUUUGCUGGAGCCCUGACGGGCAGACAAUUGCUGUGGGGAAUAAGGAUGACGUUGUCACAUUUAUUGAUGCAAAGACUCAUCGAUCAAGAGCUGAUGAGCAGUUUAAGUUUGAAGUGAAUGAGAUCUCUUGGAAUAACGAUAAUGACAUGUUUUUCCUAACCAAUGGAAAUGGCUGUAUUAAUAUCCUGAGCUAUCCAGAAUUAAAGCCUAUCCAGUCAAUCAAUGCCCAUCCCUCCAACUGCAUCUGCAUCAGAUUUGAUCCUAUGGGAAAAUACUUUGCAACUGGCAGUGCUGAUGCCCUAGUUAGCCUUUGGGAUGUUGAAGAGUUGGUGUGUGUUCGCUGCUUCUCAAGACUUGACUGGCCUGUAAGAACUCUGAGUUUUAGUCAUGAUGGAAAAAUGCUGGCCUCUGCAUCUGAAGACCAUUUUAUAGAUAUUGCGGAAGUGGAAACAGGAGAGAAGCUAUGGGAAGUACAGUGUGAAUCACCAACAUUCACAGUGGCCUGGCAUCCCAAGAGACCUUUAUUGGCAUAUGCAUGUGAUGACAAAGAUGGAAAAUACGACAGUGGUCGAGAGUCUGGGACUGUGAAACUGUUUGGUUUACCCGGUGACUCCUAAGGAGUUGUAAUUAUUUGUUCUAAUGACUGAUUUUGUUUACCGUGCCAUUGAUCAUUUGUUCAAUGCACCUUUUUAGCAUUUUACAAAUGCAAAUGAGAUUAACUUUUCUCUUGCAAAUACUUCCCAGUGGUUUUCCUUUUACAUUUGCAGCAUUGGCAAAAACAUUUUUUUUCUUUCCUUCAGGUUUUUGAUGCAUCAAAGUAAUUUUGUAUUUUUAUAACUGCCUAGGCUUCUCAUCACUGCAGAGCAGUUUCAGACCACUGAGGAGAAAAUUUCAAGUUUGUCAUUUGAGUGAUCAUAAAUAGAAGUUAUCUGAUGACUCAUGGUUUGGCAGUAUGGCACAUAUGGUGUUGGCUUACUUGAAUCUAUAAACGUCAUUGGAAUGUUAACACAUUUCUUGUUUUUGGGAAGAGAAAGCUCUAUGUGUGAGUUAUAAAAAGAGCCAUUCAUAUGGCAGCGCAUUGCCAUGUCCGGUGCAGAUUGGUGAGGUUUACAGACCAAAAAAAUGACAUAUGGUGUUUUUUUUUUUUUACUUUUCUUCACUCCAAUAUGCAUUGCUUCAAUUUAAUAUUCCCUUGAAAGAUAUAAUGCUGUUGAAAGAAGACCUUGGUAGAAAGUAGUUUUAAAAACAAUUGAUUCAUUGUAGCUCCUUUCAGUUAACUUUAAAGCUGUGUUCUACAUUUUAAAAUCUGGGCUUUUUGUGCCUUUUGUUAUAGGACUGGUAACAAUAAUGAAAUCACAAAAAUAAACUUUUAAGCUUUGUUUGGUUUCAUAAAUAUUAAUGUGGGAGCAUAAUAUUGACAUUAAUUGAAUGCAGGACAGUGGGAACCACAUGAUAGAGCUGGCCAUCUUGUCAUUGUUGUAAUUUGGUUACUGCUUUUGUGGUGGAAGAUGAUAAUAACGCAUACAUAAGUUGUCUCAGUACCCAGUGAGCUUGUAUAUUGUGACCAGUAGAUGGCUCUACAGCUCUGCAAAAGUAAGAAGUCAGAAUUUCUCAAACGAGAACUCCAGGUUUUUUUUUUUAUGUAUAUCCGAAUGUUUUGUACAAUACUGUAUUUUUGUU